CUUUUCUCCAUUGACAUUGUGGAACCAUGAACCUAAUGAAAAGGCAUGAUUUGGUUGUGAAUGUCGGGUAUUUGCUUUUUGGAGUACUAAAGUGUAGGCAUAUUUCAGAGCACUGUGACCUGUCGUUCCUCCUCGUGUAGACCAGUGUGGCGACUAGUGAUAUUGCGUACACGUGUUGUCUGCUGAUAUCAAAUUUAGUAUGGGUCGAUUAUGCAGCAACUGUCACACUUCCACCAACUUUGAAGACAAUGGAGUCGACGGACGACUGGUAUGCCUGGAGUGUGGUACCAUCGUCGAUGGAGUGGAGUUUUCAUCUGCCACCGUACCGAGCAGUGCCGAGGCAAUGUCACAGCAAUGGUGUGGUCAUAGCGAGGGUCAAACUGCCGCUGGUCAUAUGGCCAUGUUAUCCGGACUGACAACUGUCUCUGGACAUCAGGUCAAGCGCAAUGUACCGCAAAAAGAACGCACGGAUAAACGAUAUGCCGCAAUGUGUCGUACAAUCGGUGGUAAUUUAGGUUUAUCAGGUAGUCUCAUUAAAGAGGCAAAAGAUCUUUUGCUCAGUUUCCGUCAAACUCCUGGAUUCAUGAAGUCGAUGAAGCAGGUGCUUCCCGCAUGCCUACUCUAUGUUGCCCGGAAUAACAAUUUUGAAUUGCCGAUGGCAAAGCUUUCGAAAGAAUCGUCAGUGACAGCCAAGCAUAUUCUUCAUUAUUUAAACAAGAUUCGGAAAACGCGUGCUCCAGCGGAAGAGGAAGAGAGCACACAGGCAUUAGUGGGCUUGGCUGCCUUCAAGGAAACUGGCACAAUCAACAUGUCACAGGUCUACGCUGGUUAUACGAAUGAUGUACUGUCGACUCUGCAGUGUUUUUUAGCUGAUCGCUAUGAUAAUGUCAAGAACCGAACGGAAUCACUUCUGAAAAUUUUCGAAAAUGAGUGGCAACGCAAUCCGCAGCCAUUGAAUCGCGUCCUAGCCUGUGUGAUGGUGGCUUGCGAAAGUGUCAGUCUCUCUUAUGAGAAUGAUAUCAAGCCCAGACUCAUCAAAGCUGAGUGCGUGCGGGAUGUUCGUCUGAGGAAACCUAUGGACACGUACAGAGAGCUGUUGUCAGUACUGUCUAGAAUUGCCGGUGAACACAUUCCUUGGCUGGCCAGUACUGAUGGAAAGCCGGUUGAUAAGAAACUUACAAUGCAAUAUUUUGAUGACAUCCUUGCUGCGUACGAAGCCCUGAACCGCAAUGUGUCAUUGACAGAUGGCAGCAUGGAUACUUCUGACUUGAGCAGUAAUGUUCUUGCUCGUAUCAACCAACAGGCACUUGGAACGAAACCAUUACACGUGCCCACUCAUAUGACUAGCAGUGAACGCCGGCGGUCAGAGCGGAUCCAGGAUUUGAAAUACUCUGUGGCUGAGUUCAAGGUUCACCUAGCCUCUCAUUGCCAGUCAUCCUCGGUAUGUACUUUGAAAGCAACAGCGAAGGCUGACGACCUACAGAGUCCGACCGAUAUCGUUUCCAACAUGGUGAAAUUCUCCGAAGGGCAAAUUCGCAGCUGCUUGGCAAUGGCCCAUGAAACAGAUGCACAUUGUAGUACUGCAGUGUCUUCAGCUAAUCCUGCUUCAGACACAGGCCUGCCUGUUGCUGCUCCUGCUGUUGCGCCUGCUGCUUCUACUGCCACUUGCACUGACGAAGAAGUGCAGAUGACAUUACACAAGCGUGCCGAAGGCUGCAAGUGUUCUUUAGCCGAGCCGGUGUUGCAAGUCAGGCAAUGGCUUAUCCAAGGAAUAUCAGAGGCUGAUAUCUAUGCCGAUCCAGAGUGCACUGUCAAUCUUGUAGACCAGCCUUCUACUAUACCAACAGAGUUUGAUUUACGUGAAGAACUUGACAAUGAUGAUAUAGCCGAUGAAGAGUUACCAGGGUUUGUGCGCUCAGCGGGCGAGAUCAAGGCUAUCGUUGGGUUAGAUCAGUCUCAAGCUACAUGACCAGCAACUCUGCUCCAGCCGUUGGGUUAAACCAGUCUGCGGAGCUACAUGACCAGCAACUCUACUCCAGCCGUUGGGUUAGAUCAAUCCCCGGAGCUACAUGAUCAGCAACACUGCUCCAGUCGCUGGGUUAGAUUAGUCCCCGGAGCUACAUGAUCAGCAACACUGCUCCAGUCGCUGGGUUAGAUUAGUCCCCGGAGCUACAUGAUCAGCAGCAACACUGCUCCAGCUGCUGAGUUAAACCAGUCUGCGGAGCUACAUGAUCAGCAACACUGCUCCAGUCGCUGGGUUAGAUCAGUCCCCGGAGCUACAUUAUCAGCAGCAACACUGCUCCAGUCGCUGGGUUAGAUCAGUCUCCGGAGCUACAUGAUCAGCAGCAACACUGCUCCAGCCGUUGGGUUAAACCAGUCCGCGGAGCUCCAUAACCAGCAACACUGCUCCACAGUCGCUGGGUUAGAUUAGUCCCCGGAGCUACAUGAUCAGCAGCAACACUGCCGCCGCAAGAAUACCAGUACCGGUUCAACAUCAUCACACUUUGCCGUGUGGGUUGCAGUCUGAUGCUCUAAGCCACCAGCCGCAUGUGUGUGUGUCUGUAUAUGUGUGCCUGUGUGACCAGAGUUAUGUGUGGUCGGCAUGUGUUUGUAGGCAGUACACUACCUAAGCGAGUGUGCUGCAAUGCUGGUAAUCAUGCGGAGCAGCAAAGCCGAGCACAUCUCUUCACCUGAAUUAAACAGGCGGCGCUGGUUAUAAACUUAUAAUGGUUGCCUGAACUUCCUGUUCUUGGACCUAGCCUAUAUAUAAACUCUGCCGCAUUGGUGCCAGUUGUCGUCAUUGUGAUUUGCGGAUGGGGUCAGCGUGGCGGUGCCCAAUGUCUACAGUGUAUAUGACGUCAUUCGCCCAAUAGACUGGCAACGUGUGGAGGAUGCUUGCAGCAUGCGUGGAGGACGUGUGCAGAGUAUGUACAACAUGAGUGAGCAGAGUACAUGCCACAUGACGAUGCGGACUGUCGAGUAUGUUGUACCACACGACAAUACGGAUUGCAGAGUACGUGCCUCACGACAAUACGGAUUGCAGAGUACGUGCCACACGACAAUACGGAUUGCAGAGUACGUGCCACAAGACGAUACGGAUUUCAGAGUAUGAUUAUACGUUGAAGUACCGUACAAUGUUAUUCUGUACUGCUGCUACCAGGACAGCACUGCUGCUGCCACCGCUGCUGCUACUGCUGCUGCUACUGCCACUGCUGCUGCUACUGCCACUGCUGCUGCCACUGCCACUGCUGCUGCUACUGCCACUGCUGCUGCCACUGCCACUGCCACUGCUACUGCUGUUGCUGUGCCCUGGGUCAUGUGUGGACACUGUUUAAAGUCCAAUAGCAAUGGCGCUGCUGGCACUGCUGCUGCACUACCUAGCACUGUGGACCCCUUUUAGCCUAGUCUGUGUUUUAAUGCCGAACUAACGAAUGUCUCCACAAAGACUCUUUUAUGUUUUUAAAUAUAUAGUUUUAUGUUUUUACGAACCGAAUGUCCUCUCUCUCUCUCUCUCUCUCUCUCUCUCUCUCUCUCUCUCUCUCUCUCUCUCUCUCUCUCUCUCUCUCUCUCUCUCUCCUCCAGGAUCUUGUAUUCUUGAAAGAUUUUUUUCUAUCAAAUUGUCAGCUGAAUGUAUUCACACUGGUGAUUAGUGUGUUGGA